GAUGAAGAUGUCUAGUUGUCUAGGCCGUUCGUUUCACAGUCGAUAUUUGACGGUGGACUCGAGUUGUUGGUAACAGUCCAACUUUUCACCUACGCUACCAAUCCUUUUUUUUAUAUAUUAAAGCGCUCUACAAGUUGAAUUUGAGAUGAGUCUUUACUACUCACCUACUCAGCCUCGGCAACCUCACAACAGCUACAGUAACAUCACAGAUCCGGGAACGACUUUUAGGCUUACCUGCGUCAAUGUGAACCACGUUACGUACAAUUAUCUCAUGGACAACGCAACGCCCAAUACAACAGACAGUGCUGGAUACAAUUAUGCAAACGGGUGCGGAGGAUCCUUACCUUGCUAUCAAAGUCUAACGUCUACGCUGCAACAGUCUCACGAUGAUUCCGUUUGCGGAGUAGCAGGAACUAGACCUUUUUCCUUGCCCUCGUCCUGCGAGUCGCCCAUGUCGCUUCCUGCCUUUUCCCCCCCUACUAAUCAGUCGUUCAUUGGACAUCACAAUCACUAUCAACAACAGCCAUGUUCGGGUAUUAAUUUGUUCCACGACGAUGUGCCCCCAAUCACGUCAACCAUCUCAUCUGCUAUUGAAGAUUUCAACCUCGAUGAGGACUUCUCACUCGAUCUAGUGGGAGCUGCCAGCUCAGAAGAUGAAUCAAGUAACGGGGAUCCGACUUCAAAUAAACCAAGAAAAGAGCGCACUGCUUUCACAAAACAACAGAUACGCGAGCUGGAGAAUGAAUUCGCCCAUUCCAAUUAUUUGACGCGACUACGUCGCUACGAAAUCGCUGUUGCCCUCGAUCUUACGGAACGGCAGGUCAAGGUGUGGUUCCAGAACCGACGGAUGAAGUGGAAACGGACAAAGGGUGGAAGUCCAUCGAUUAAGCAGAAGAAAGAGUCAGCCAAAUCUAAACAUUGAAUAUAAGAGAGAUUACCGACUGCUUUACCAAAACGUACGAAGAAUUGUUGCUCUUCCUUCACAAAUGAUAAGCCGUAUUUUCUCUCAUCUGAUUUUACACCUAUGCAAAUUUCUAGAGUUCUUCCAUAAGGCAUAAAUAUUUCAAUUAAAACAAAAAUAUGAUUCUUAUUUCCACAUGUCACUUGUGUCCAUAACUGUUUUUGAUAAUUGCUCGUUUUAUAGUAUUAAAUAUGGCCAAAUACACCGGCAAGUCACGGUUCUGCGCAUUAA